AUGAGCAACAAGGCCCCGGAAAAGGAACAAGACCAGAGGCAGGAUCAGGGCGAGGAGGGCCAGCGCCAGGACCAAUCCCUGCGCAUCCAGAUCCUCGUCUAUCGCUGCAUGGGCAUCGACCUGUGGAGCCCCACACGCGCCAACGACCGCACCUGGCUCACCCUCGUGACCAUGGGCCCGCUCUUCCUCUUCAUGCUGCCCAUGUUCCUGGCCGCCCACGAGUACAUCACCCAGGUGAGCCAGCUCUCCGACACGCUCGGCUCCACCUUCGCCAGCAUGCUGACCCUGGUCAAGUUCCUGCUCUUCUGCUACCACCGCAGGAAGUUCGUCGGCCUGAUCUACCACAUCAGGGGCAUUCUCGACAACGAGAUCCGUGUCUGGCCAGAUGCCCGGGCAAUCGUGGACGUGGAGAACGAGAGCGACCAGAUGCUCAGCCUGACCUACACCCGCUGCUUUGGGCUGGCGGGCAUCUUCGCGGCCAUCAAGCCCUUCGUGGGCAUUGUGGUGUCCCUGAUUCGCGGCGACGAGAUCCACCUGGAGUUGCCCCACAACGGGGUGUACCCGUACGACCUCCAGGUGGUCGUGUGGUACGUGCCCACCUACCUGUGGAACGUGAUGGCCAGCUACAGUGCUGUAACCAUGGCGCUCUGUGUGGACUCGCUGCUGUUCUUCUUCACCUACAACGUGUGCGCCAUCUUCAAGAUCGCCAAGCACCGGAUGAUCCACCUGCCGGCGGUGGGCGGCAGGGAGGAGCUGGAGGGCCUGGUCCAGGUGCUGCUGCUGCACCAGAAGGGCCUCAGGAUAGCCGACCACAUCGCCGACAAGUACCGCCCGCUCAUCUUUCUGCAGUUCUUCCUGUCGGCCCUGCAGAUCUGCUUCAUUGGGUUCCAGGUGGCGGACCUCUUCCCGAAUCCGCAGAGCCUCUACUUCAUCGCCUUCGUGGGCUCGCUGCUCAUCGCCCUGUUCAUCUACUCGAAGUGCGGGGAGAACAUCAAGAGCGCCAGCCUGGACUUCGGCAACGGGCUGUACGAGAGCAACUGGACCGACUUCUCGCCGCCCACAAAGCGUGCCCUCCUCAUCGCCGCCAUGCGCGCCCAGCGACCUUGCCAGAUGAAGGGCUACUUCUUCGAGGCCAGCAUGGCCACCUUCUCGGCGAUUGUCCGCUCCGCAAUGUCGUACAUCAUGAUGCUGCGCUCCUUUAAUGCUUAAAAAGGACAUCAAAAUGUGGC